AUGCGUUCCAGCUCUCACGAUGUCCGUCAUAUGAGGGACGCUUUCUCAUAUACUCCUUCAAGAUUCGUUCUGCUCUUCACUCAGCAGCAGAGCAGAUCGGAUUAUUCGAUUAACGGAAAUUGUGGUUGGGGUAAAGGCCACAAGCGCAAGGCCAACCCGGGCCCUUGGUUUCUCCGGUUCCAUUGCCAUUUUCCUGAUUCACAGGUCACUGGCGCCAGUUGCUACCGCCCUGGCAUCUACCCGAAAACUCCACCCCAGUGGACUCCAUGUGGAGUUUUCCGGCUCUUCCCUGCCUGCCUAAGUGUUACACACUCGAGCAUUGCAGUCGAUCGGGAGCAGUGA